AUGCACCAGGAAACUGCCCUUGCUUCCAACUGCACCAAGAGCGAGCAGAAAGGGCGCUCGUGGACACUUGCAGUAGCGCUGCCUGGAUCCGUUCUGGCUAACGCGCAGACCCCGGCGUUACAGACGUACCUUGCGGGGCAGAUCGCGAGAGCACUUGCAAUCUUUGAGGUAGAUGAGGUCAUUAUCUUCGCUGAGCGUGUCCGUGCAACUAUCGCGGGCACCGUUUCAUCGCCGUCGUCGACGGCUUUUGAUACCCAUCUAGCGAGACUUUUGCAGUAUGCCGAGUGCCCUCAGUACCUGCGACAGGCGCUUUUUCCGCAUACGCCUGAACUACAGUACGUUGGACUGUUAAACCCGCUGGAUACACCGCACCAUCCGCGGCGGCACGAGGGAACUCCGUACCGCGAGGGGGUCGUGGUACCCGCUCCAGACACUGGCGCAACGUCAGACCGAAGUCGAUACGUUCACGUCGGCUGGGACGCUCCUGUAGCUGUCGACACUGACAUGCCGUUGCCCGUCGGACAGCGCGUUACAGUGCGAUUCGAGAAACUAGAGAGGAGUGGACACUAUGUUGCGGAACAAGGCUCGAACCGUAAGCGUAAACGGGAUUCGCAUCCGUCUUUACAUAUGCAAGGCUGCUGGACUUGGACUCGGGCCGUGAUGGUCGCUCGCGAUGAGCCCCGCGAAAGGCUUGGGCUUUACUGGGGCUACAAAGUGCGACUGGCUGCUAACUUAGUACAGGCUCUGUCCACGAGCGGCGCUGAUGUGAAAAUAGGUACCAGCGAGCGGGGCACCGACCUCUUCGCUACCCUCUGGGGUAGCUCUGCCGAACGAGCUACGGACAGCACGGCGGCUGAAACUGAAAUCGAUGGGGCGAGUGCUCGGAGGGCGUCAUUCAUUCCUCCAGGGGGUUUCCGCAAGCUUCUCGUUGCAUUUGGUGGAAUCCACGGACUCGAAGCAAGCUAUGGCAGUCCGGACGUCGCAAAGUUGUUCGACGCCUACGUAAAUGCUUGCCCGCAUCAGGGGAGUCGCACCAUCCGAACCGAAGAGGCGCUUUUGGUGGUUCUCUCUGCGAUGCAUCCGUGGAUCCGCCACUACGGCCGCAAAAGCGCGGAACAGAUUCGCGCUUCCUGCCGGGCUUGA